AAUAUUCUUAUCCAAAGAGGUAAUGGAGGAGAGUGAGUGAGAUAGAGAGACAGAGCGAUACACGAAGAAGAAGAAGCUCUAAAAGAAAAUGGCGAUAACACCUCUGCGAAUCACGAACCCUUUCUCAUCUCUACGCCUUCUUCCCGCUGGAAAGCAAAACGCUCCGAGAAUCUUCACCGUCCGUGCCACCGACGUCGAGUCCACGGAGGAGACUCAACCCGACUCAGAAACCGGCUCGGAUCCCGACGAAUUCGAGUCCCGUCUCUCAAACAUCCGACUCAGAUACCGAAGCGGAACAGGGAAGAAAGCAGAGGUGAGAAAAUCGAAGAAAGGGACAAGCGGGCCUGCGUCAAAAGCAUCUGGAAUGUAUUUGCCGCCGGUGAGUCUAAAAGAGCCGGUUUCCGACGGUUUAAAAGUGGAAUUAGGGUUUAGCCGAUACAGCGAACGGAUCAACGGGAGGAUCGCUGGGUUAGGGCUCGUGGCUUUGCUUCUGGUUGAGCUGGCGACGGGUAAGAGCGUAUUGAAUUACCACACGCCUUCUGUUGUGUUUCUUCAGAUCUAUUUCGUUGCGGCUGUCUCUGCUAUGUUUGUCAAGAUUGAGAAGGAGAAGGUUAGUGUUUGGCCUAAGGAUUGAUUGAGAAAAUCACCGUCGGAUUCGGAUGUGAAAUGUUGCUUUUGUUUAUUGAAAUGUUUAUGCUUUUUUUGUCAAGUAUGUAUGUAAUGUAUACUCCCGGAAUUUCAAGAUUGUGGAUACAAGAUUUGGCAAUUAAAAAGGAUCUUACUUUGGA